AUGGACAUUGCGAAGGAACGUUUUAUUAUUCGUGGAGAGCUGAUUGACCCCGACGAACGCCAGCCGCGUGUUUAUUAUGGCACUGAGUUCAUCUAUCAUCGCGGGGUACGUUCAACACAUCCCGGUACAGAUAUUGUGACAGCUUUGGGCCCAGUGAGUGGAGAGAUCGCAAUUGAAGCUCUGAGACUGCCCGGAUUAAAUGAAGUGGAAGAACCAAUUGUUGUACAUAUCAGCUACCUGAAUCCUAUCACUUGGUGA